AGUCAGCCGCGAGGAUCCGAGCGCGAACGCUUCUUGCUAUUUUUUCCGCCGCUUUCUGAGUAGCUAUAUAUAGUGCUCGGUGCGCAGCUGUACACAGUGCCGCGGAAGCUCGGCUUCGAUACGUCAUGGCGCUGUUGACGGACGGCGCGAGGAGGGCCGAGGAGGCCGCGCUGGUGCAAGGUGCGGACAGCUGCCUGCGCGAUGCGUUCGUCGCGAUAAUUCGCACAGGAACAUUUCCCAUUGGCUCGCUACUCACGCAGACGCAUGUCCGGAGAGUUAUCAGCAAAAUAAGCUUUUCAGCGCGCGAUAUCGCGUGUCGCGCCGACAGACAGUUCCCCGCAGCUCAUAAAGCCGGUGACGCGCGCGCGCGCGCGAAUCUUCCCAUUAUCCGCUGAAUUUUCAGAGCGCGCCGGCAAUCUAAUCAAAAUUGCUCCGUAGCGCGCGGGAUGUGUGACGCUCUCGUUGCGCGCAUCAGUCUCGCGGAGAACACGUCGCGUCGGCUUCAAAUGUUUUUUCCCAAUCCGAGGAACGAUCGAGAGCGAGAUCGUAACGGCGCACAAAAAUGCAAAAGGUGGGCAGGAGGCGAGACGCGCAGGGGCUUCGGCGAACUCGCUGAGCUUGCGGAAAGGGUGGCCGGUGGUGCGUGCAGAACGAGCGGUUACAGCCGCGGCGAAUGCAUUAAGACCGCCUUUUCAGCUAUACCGCCGCCGCCACACGAUAUUGAACUUUUCAGCCGAGGGAGGAUAGGCGAGAGAUGGAGCUUCCACCCUCUCUCCCGAACUUGUACCACACGCCACCUAGUUUUACCUUCAUUUUUCCGGAGCUUUCAUUGCUUUUAUUGCACCGCUAUCCGCGCUUUAUUUCUCGAGCUAGUAGCUUCGGCUCUUCGGAAAAUUCGCAACUGGUUUUUCCACGGUCAUUGUAUCGCGGGCGGGAAACCGGGUGCGUAGUCCUCUGAUGCGGAACGCCAACGGGGACAAAUAUACCCACAAAAGCGACGUGUUUAGAAUGAACUCCCAUUCAACGACGCGGCCUGUGCGCGCCGCGUAGAAAUUUCAUAUACGAUUCAUUGCCCGCAUAUACGAGUUAUUGGCUUUUAUUACUUUGAGCUAUCGAGAUUAAUAAGUAGCAUUCUUAUUUGGGGCCCCGUGCCGAGAUAUUUAUGAUUUGCUCCAGCAUCGACUCGCCCCCUUCAAGUCCAGUCGGAUAAAAUAUCGAGAAUUUUUUAAUAAGCGCCAACAGCCGGUGGGCGUUUUUCCUUUUUAUACUUCGAGCUCCUAUACCGUACUGUUACAUAAAACGUACACACAGCUGAUAACGGUUAUUAUGUCACUCUUCUUUCAAUAUUCUAUAUACGUGCUGGGAUUGUCAUCAACAAUUGAAUAGCAUCGCAUUAUUAAUGAAUGUAUUAUAAUUGCUCGGAUUUUUAUCUUUUUGUCGGAGAUCUAAGUGAUCGAAACGCAGAUAUCUGCAUACAAACUGCACGAAACGAAAAUAAUUUGAUGUAAGUGCAGGCAGUCUUAUAUUUCCAGCACUUUUCGAUAUUUAUCGCGGACAUGUUUUUUGAAAAUAGCAACAGUGUUGAUGAAUUCUCAUUUUUAUACUUUGAUUAAUAUACGAAAAGAGUUGUACAAACCCCAAUUCUUUAUGCAUAGCGAUGUUUGUUAUAACUAGAUCCGCUAACCUUGCACUUGACCUUGCGGAAACGCUCUGCUUGUGUCGAGAUUCGUUUGAGCGGAAAAACUAACUGAUACAGGCUAAGCAGAUAAAUCUCUAUGAACUUGUUGUUACGCUGUCAAUAAUUAAGCGAUCAAGUAUUCCCAGUGUUAUCAUCGACGCAAGAAAUAAAAUCUGGUUUUUCGCAUUUAUCUGUUUUGUUUUUGUUUGGGAUUUUUAAAAGUGAUUAUUUACUCAAAAAGGUGAAAUAUAACAAAAAGAGCUGACAUAUUGCAAGUCACUAUAAAUUUCAAAAAUUUGAAACAUGCAUGCGCGAUUUCCUCUUAGAGCAUAAAAAUGAUGACCAAAUUUAGUUGAACAACAUCAUCUGCACGAUUACAAAUAUCUGCAUUUCCUCUAACACUAAACACGAUAUGCGAAUUAUGUAAAAUAAUGCCUCAUAUUGACAGACAUGUGGCGAUGCGUUUCUGUUAUUAAUAUACUGAAAUACGAUAUGUAUAUUUCUCAUUGUUAAAUCAUACUAAUAUAAGCUUUUCAACAUCUUUAGCCCUAACAAAUGCAAAAUUUGAUAAUUUAAAAAAUUUAAAAGAAACGUUGCUUGUGUAAAAAGUAUACAGAUUUUUAUAUCUGUUAAGAAGCUAUCACAUUACUUGUAUAAAGAUACAAUAAUAAAUAACAAUGUUAAAUUGAACCGAUUUUUGCUUCCAACUUCUGGAAAAUAGGACACACUUUUUUGGCUCUGAAAAAUAGCAAUUUUCACUUUUUGACACAGUUGUUAGAGAAAGGAGCUGUAAAUUGUAAAUUUGACCAUAUUAUAGAAUACCGUGCAUAUAUAUUCGCGUUUUGAUUAUAAAAGUCCGAUUGACGCUCGGCCGGGCCGUCUAGGGCAAAUCAGCAUAUAAUGAUGCAUACGUGUACACAUAAAAGUAAUAAUAGCGCGGCCAUUAGAGCUUUAACUGCAUUUUCUCAGAUCGUGCACAUGUAAUUUGUGUAGUAACUUUGUCACGCGCGUAGGGUUUUUCGCCUUGUUUACAAAGAAGCGCACCUCCAGGUACAAUAGCUGCGUUCUAAAAACACCGGGAAAUCCGAGGCAAUCCUCCCCGGCGCUGUCUCUAGGGAUUUCCCAAAGUCCUGUGUACUUUAUAUGCGCGUUGCGCGUUGUCGCGAGCAUUAAACGCUCGUCUCCUUGAGUCCGGAGCUCAGUCUCGAUUCGAUCUCCGCGUCGCGUGCAUAUUACAUCCCACCGCGAGCGCUCUAAUAUUACAGAAAAACAGAGCACACCCGAGGCUGCUCUGCAGUACAUCUGCAUCCAUCAGCUAUUUUCCGCAUAUAACGAUUUACGCAAUCGAACCACUUGCUUGCUGAUUUGCAUAGCUGCUGCUGGUUGUCGCUCUUUAAUAGCUGGCUCUUACUAUACGGCCGCCUUGUGCUGCGAAGAAUUGAACUUUGAGUGUCUGCUGUUAUCGCUUGCGUUAGAGAUAAUCGCAAAAUGACGUACGGCAAGUUUGCAGGUGUCGAGAAGCCGAAGCAGGAAGCAACGUGCAUCGGACCAUUGCAGGUGAGGCGGGACGUUACGGACUUUCCGUACAUCGUAGCAUUCGGCGUCAUGCUCUUAGUCUGGCUCUCUGUCGGAAUCUAUGCUUUCUGCGUCGGCGAUUCGGUAUUUUUCCAUCACUUCAGGCAUUACACGAUACACAUGGAAUUCGUCUACAUGGCGGCGUUCUUCCACGAACACAUAAACCAGGCUAGUCACAUCGUCAUCGGCUUCGUCGCUUGGUCUGCGUUUCUACUGGCGGCAAUGGCUGUCCUGUUUCGAUACACCACCAAAAUCUUCGUUUGGGUGACAGUCGGCCUAUCGGCAAUUAUGCUGCUAACGAUUUGGGUUUUUCUAAUAUACGGUAUGGAAGUGCACGGUUUCCACGUGUUGGACGGUUUGCUACUGCUUUUCUUCAUAACCAUCGUCUAUGCGCUGCUGGUAUACUCGAUCGUCCAAGCAGGAACCAAGAUGGUCUGCAAAAUCAUCAGAGAGUCUUGCAAAGUGAUGUUCUUCUUCCCGUCUACACUCGCUCUUGCAGCGGUGCAGUUCUCAUUGCAACUUUUGAUAGCCAUAUUCUCGGGAGCGGUUUAUAUGUAUUUGACGAGCAUUCGACAAUUCGUGCUCACGGAGGCUACGGACAUCGCGAACGCCACCGAUGAAGACUUUACGAGCGAGGAACUGAACGAGACAGACACGUCAGCACAUUGGUUCUACGAGGACGAGAUUUUCUAUCGGAACUUCUCGACUCCCGCCCACGUCCCCAUGUUUCACCUGAUCAAUUACUGUGGCUUCUUCUGGUCAACCUGGUUCCUCAUGGGAGCGGGAAGGAUGGUCUUGACCGCAGCCUUCGCCACCUGGUAUCAGACGAAAGAUAAGAGCGCCAUUCCACUGAACCUGAUACCUCAAUGCUUCAUGAUGAUAAUGAGGCAUCACGCAGGAACGUUGGCUUACGCGUCAUCGCCGAUCACAAUCGUUCCAAUGUGCAUCGUGGCUUGGAAGUACGGAAGGGACAAGCUCAAGGAAAUGUACAAACGGCCAGUCUUGAUGAUCUCGUGGUUGACCGUAGCCCUGAAGUUUUCAUUCGACGCCAUGACCAUGACCGCCAUCAACGGACAUACGUUCUACAAAUCAGCCAAAGAGUCUUACAUUCUAUUCAUGAAGCAUCCUGUCUCUUAUCUGGCGAUGAACACUGUGACCGAGUACGUCAUCGUUCUCGGAACGAUACUUCAGCCCAUUCUGUCGAUGUUCUCCGUUCUCGGUUACAUAUCGAUUUUCGAUCUAUCGGAUUACAAAAGGGGCGUAGCCCCCACAGCCGUGUUGGUAGUCUCGAUGAUAGCUAUGUUCAUGUCGAUAACCUUCUUCAUGGUGUUCCGGUCGGCCGCAAACACCAUUCGCCACUGUUACCAGGAAGACGCCAAGGCCAAUCACGAGUCGGAAAUGAAUCUCUACCAGGUUCAAGUGGACGAUCUUUCGAUCGACGAUGUCGAGCAGGAUCCUUGAACUGGCUUACAAGCGAACGUUUGCAGGAGUUACUUUGCCAAGGACUUAAAUUCGUGCCAGCGUUUCCGCGGCAAAACUAAGCAAUCGGUCAAGCUCUGUUUUCUGCGCGCAAUAUCAUAGCUUUGGUGAACGCGAUGGAAUACGAAUACGAAUUAGGAUUAAAUUACUAUGCGUUAAUCAGUAAUAUUGCUCUCAUAUGAAUUCAAAGUGCACGUGUGAAUGUGGAAUCGAUGAUCAUGAUUAUUACUAAUUUUACGCUUACAGUUCCUGUUAUGUAUAUAUGUAUAGCGGCCUAAGUAACGCGAGCUCGACGAAAUUAUCUCCACUCGUCUUGUACAUACUGCGCAAUUAGUAGAACGUUUGAGUUCGGCAGAAGAAUUCGGCAACAGAAUUUACACCUGUUAAUGCUGAUGUGAUAUAAUGUUAAGAUGCGGAUAUCUGCGACAUAUAUAUAAGUAUGCUGUAACGAUGAUUCAGUACUUAUGUCCCGCGCGGAAUCGAAUGUCCCAUGCUUUUUCUGCACUUGUAUCAAGUUCUCACGCUAAUACUGCUUCUGUACAGCUUGCCGUAGCGAUAACUCUUAGUACCAAGAUGUAGUAUUGUCGAAGGAAAAUAAUAAAGUUUCGAACAUUGUAUA